UUGAGUUCUUGAGUCAUAUCAAGUCAAAUAUCAAAAUAUAUACAUACGCAUAUAUGACAUUAAAUAUGAGUUUUAUAGUUAACAAUAACAUUUAAAAAUUAUUUUAUUUAAAAUAUACUACAGUAAUUUUAUAAAAAUAACUGUAUUUAUAUAAGUUGUCUUAGUAGUUGAAGAAAUUUCAAACAUUUGGAAGUUUUCGGAUGAUUCGGGGACUUCAUACAGAUUCGUUGUAAAAAGAUAUAAGAAUUAUCAUAAUGAUGCAUAGAAGAGGUGGUAAAAGAAUACGUAUGGAUGAUCCGGUACCUCCAGAAUAUGAGGCACCUAUGACACCCAUGACUCCAUCAAAUGAUAAUACAGCUGAUGCAAAUGAAUCAUAUUCUUCAUAUACAUCUUAUAAUAAUGUAUCUCAAACACCUGUUCAUAAUCCUACGCCUGAACAUUACUCUUCUGAAAGUUAUAGUUCUCCUGGUACAUCGCAACAGCAAUAUCAAGAACAAUCUACUAAUUUUGAUAAUCAAGUACAAUUUGAACAACCAAUGACACCUGCAACACCUGCUAAUAUGAGAAUUACAAGGAAUACACGUGCCAGAUUACGAGGAGGCUCUAUACAACAACCAAAAUAUAAGGAAAUUGACACAGAUUUUAUUCCAACAACUACUAAUAGAGGUCGAGGAAGUGGACGUGGCCGUGGAAGACGUAUACAUCAUUCUCACAGUUUAGAGGAUGAAGCUAGUCUUUAUUAUGUUAUAAGGAAUAACCGUUCGUCUCUUACUACCAUUGUGGAUGAUUGGAUAGAAAAAUAUAAAAGUAAUAGAGAAAAUGCACUUCUUAUGUUAAUGCAAUUUUUUAUUAAUGCAAGUGGUUGCAAAGGACGUAUUACUUCAGAAAUGCAAGCAACUAUGGAGCAUGUAGCAAUAAUACGUAAAAUGACUGAAGAGUUUGAUGAAGAAAGUGGAGAGUAUCCAUUAAUUAUGACUGGACAACAAUGGAAAAAAUUUCGUGCAAAUUUCUGUGAAUUUGUACAAAUAUUAGUUCGACAGUGUCAAUACUCUAUCAUUUAUGAUCAAUUUUUGAUGGACAAUGUUAUUUCAUUAUUAACAGGUUUAUCUGACUCACAAGUAAGAGCAUUUAGACACACAGCUACACUUGCUGCUAUGAAACUAAUGACUGCUCUAGUAGAUGUUGCUUUAACUGUCUCAAUAAAUUUGGAUAAUACUCAGCGACAGUAUGAAGCAGAGAGACAGAAGGCACGAGAAAAAAGAGCAGCAGAUAGACUUGAAUCCUUAAUGGCUAAACGAAAAGAAUUAGAAGAGAAUAUGGAUGAGAUAAAAAAUAUGCUUACAUAUAUGUUUAAGUCCGUAUUUGUACAUAGAUAUAGAGAUACUUUACCAGAAAUACGAGCAAUUUGCAUGGCAGAGAUUGGAGUUUGGAUGAAAAAAUUUCAUCAAAAUUUUUUGGAUGAUUCAUACUUAAAAUACAUUGGUUGGACGUUACAUGAUAAAGUUGGGGAAGUUCGAUUAAAAUGUCUUCAAGCAUUGCAACCUUUAUAUGCUUCUGAAGAGUUGAAAACAAAACUUGAAUUAUUCACUAGUAAAUUUAAAGAUAGAAUUGUUGCUAUGACAUUGGAUAAGGAAUAUGAUGUAGCAGUGCAAGCUGUGAAAUUAGUUAUAUCUAUUUUGAAACAUCAUAGAGAAAUUCUUACAGAUAAAGAUUGUGAACAUGUCUAUGAACUUGUUUACUCAUCUCAUCGUGCUGUUGCACAAGCAGCAGGAGAAUUUUUAAAUGAACGUUUGUUCAGACCGGACGAUGAAGCCAUUGCUGGGGUAAAAACAAAACGUGGCAAGAAACGUUUACCAAACACUCCAUUGAUACGUGAUCUUGUACUAUUUUUUAUUGAAUCUGAACUUCAUGAACAUGGAGCAUAUCUAGUUGAUUCUUUAAUUGAAACUAAUCAAAUGAUGAAAGAUUGGGAAUGUAUGACAGAUUUGUUGUUAGAAGAAGCUGGUCCUGAGGAAGAAGCAUUAGAUAAUCAGAAAGAAACAUCUCUUAUUGAAUUAAUGGUUUGUUGUAUAAAACAAGCAGCAACAGGAGAAGCACCUGUUGGACGUGGUCCAACACGUAAGAUUUUAUCUGUAAAAGAAUUGAAACAAGUGCAUGAUGACAAACAACGGUUAACAGAACACUUUAUCCAAACAUUGCCACAUCUACUUGAUAAAUAUAGAGCAGAUCCAGAAAAAUUAGCAAAUCUGCUUGCUAUUCCACAAUAUUUUGAUUUAGAUAUUUAUACAAAAUCACGUCAAGAGCAAAAUUUAGAUUCUUUAUUAACCAAAAUUCAUACAAUUGUUGAAAAAAUACACGAUACCGAAGUUCUUGAUACUGCAGCUAAAACUUUAGAAAAUAUGUGUGUAGAUGGUCAUGCAAUCUUCACAAGAUGUGACGUGGCACGCUCAACUUUAAUUGAUUCUAUUGUAAAUAAGUAUAAAGAGGCAAUAGAUGAAUAUAGAAAUUUAAUAGAAGGAGAUGAAGAACCAGAUGAAGAUGAAAUCUUCAACGUUGUUCAAUCAUUAAAAAAAGUAUCUAUAUUUUAUUCUUGUCAUAACAUGAACCCUUGGGGAAUAUGGGAUUCUUUAUACAAAGACAUUGAAGAUGCAAAAGAUCCUUCAAAGUGUUUACCUCAUGAAGCUGUGAAGUAUUGUAUUAGUGCAUGUUUCUUCGCUAUCUUAUGGGGUCAACAUCAUUUGAUGGAAGCUGCAGAUUCAGGAAAUCGUGGAGAAGAUGAAUGUCGUCAAUUGAAGGAACGCCUACAUUCAUUUAUGGCUUCUAUGCGUCAUUUUGUUAGUAGUGAUAAUGGCACAGUGCCAACGCCGCCAAUUCUAAGAGAGGAAGCGUAUAAUACGAUAUGUGAUUUACUAGUAGUAUUUUGUAAUCAGUUAGCUACUCAUCCUAAUAUAUUAAUGUCUCAAUUAGUAUAUGAACCUGACCAAGCAAUGCAAAACAUGCUUAAUCGAUUUAUACAAGAAUAUGUUUUUUGUGAAGAGGAAGAUGAUGAACAUGAUGAGCAUUCAAAGAUCGAAGAAUUACAUAAACGACGAAAUUUUCUAGCUGGUUAUUGUAAACUUAUUGUCUAUAAUAUGAUUCCAACAAAAGCAGCAGCUGAUGUAUUUAAGCAUUAUGUAAAAUAUUAUAAUGAUUAUGGAGAUAUAAUAAAAACUACCUUAGGUAAAGCUAGAGAUAUUAAUAAAACGAAUUGUGCUUUAACAAUGCAGCACAGCUUAAAUAUUUUAUAUAAUGAAAUCGUUAUGGAAAAGGGCAAAGUUAAUAGAAAUAGUGAGGAAUUUAUCGCAAUUAAGGAAUUAGCUAAACGAUUUGCUUUAUCAUUUGGUUUGGAUGCUGUGAAAAAUCGCGAAGCAAUUACAGCGUUACACAGAGCAGGAGUUUUAUUUGCUAUUACUCCUCCAGAUGGUAUAGAGCAAGAUCCAACUGGUCCACCACCCAAUCUUUCUUUCUUAGAAAUUUUAUCGGAAUUUACAAACAAACUAUUAAAACAGGAUAAACGCGUUGUAUUAAAUUUCUUAGAUAGAAGAUUACAAGCUGGUAUGCCUUCUUCACGAGGAGAAGAUUGGCAGCCAUUACUUUUAUAUAGAAAUAGUCUGUUGCAUGGAGAGACUGAUCAAGUUCCAGUAACAAGUAAACGAGCAUAUACAAGACGUAAAAAGGAUCAUUUAGCCGAGGAAGAAGAUGCGGAUGAAGCCGAUGAAGGUUCCGAUCAUGAAUUUUCAGGCAAACACAAGAAAAAACGUGGUCCACGGAAAAGUCAAUUACCAGUUACAAAAAUUUCGAUAACACGUGGUCCUAAAUCAAAUACAUAUUAUGAGUCUACAGAAUCGGGAUUAAUACAAACGUCUCCAGCAUCCAUGGCAGAAGACGUAUCAACAAGUCCUUCGCAAGAUAUAGAUACUCGUCUCAAAACUUUGCAAAUACAAUCGAGGCCGAGGCGAAAUCAGGAGCAUUCCGAACCAAGAGAAUUACGAAGAACGUCUAGAAAUUCGGGCCGCUAUAUUGAGGGUCAGUAUAUGGAAUCUGAUUCGGAAUAAACGGAUGAAUUAAGAAAUACACAUCAAUAUAUAAAUUCAAAACUACAUACAUACGUAUGUGUACACGCAUGAGGGCAUGCUAUACAUGGGGACCCUUUUUAAAUGCAAGUAGUUAACAAACUAUGUAUCUCUUUAAAAAAAAUCGUUAAUAAUUUUUGUUAUACGAUUUCUAAAUACUGACUGACUUUUCUAUAAUAUAAAUUUCGUUCAUACGACAUUAUAUAAAUAUCAUUAUGUUAUAUUUUACAAAUAUUUGAUAAAAAACUUAAAUCUAUCCUUGUUAUUGCCAAAGUAUUUAAUGAUUUGUCUAAAUAAAAGUUUUUUCAAUAUUAGUGACAAAUUUAUCAAUAGUAUAUAUGAUCAUUAUCGUUCUACCUAUAUUAUAUUAAUCUAUUCACAUAUUUUGUACAUCAUUGUAAAAAAAAAAGAAACAAAAAAGAAAAUACAAAA